UGGGUCUUUGCUCAGGAGCUGUAAGGAGCCUGUUCGAGUUUCUGUCUGUACGAAGAAUAAUAGUAAAACAACCAUGCCGGUGGAUAUCGAGCAGUGGACGGGGCCUCUUUCCCUCAGUGAGGUGGAGGAAAAGCCGAGCAAACCCCUGACUGUUAAAUACGGCUCUGUGGAGAUUGACGAGCUGGGGAAAGUGCUCACUCCCACUCAGGUGCAGAAUCGUCCCACAGUUAUCGAGUGGGAAGGCUGUGACUCCAGCAAGCUGUACACGAUCGCCCUGACUGAUCCGGAUGCUCCGAGCAGGAAGGACCCCAAAUUCAGAGAAUGGCAUCACUUUCUCGUCGUGAACGUGAAAGGGAACGACGUCUCCACCGGGUGUGUGAUGUCUGACUACGUCGGUUCUGGUCCUCCAAAAGGAACUGGCCUCCACCGUUACGUCUGGUUGGUGUACGAGCAGUCUGGGACGGUAAAUUGUACCGAACUCGUCCUGACCAACCGCUCAGGAGACAACCGCGGAAAAUUCAAAAUCGAGAAGUUCCGCAAGAAGUACGGCCUGGGCGCUCCGGUGGCCGGCACCUGCUACCAGGCUGAGUGGGACAACUACGUCCCCAAACUGUACGAGCAACUAUCAGGAAAAUAAACAGGAAGAUUUAUUGCACUGUUAGCGUCCUAAACGUGGCUUUAGUACACGAUUAGGAUACCGUAGGUGGGCGAUAUGGCAAAAAAUAAAAAAAUGUUGUGAUAGCUUUAAAUCGGCAUGUUGAGCUUUGAUUUUGAUAACUGACAGAAAAAAAAUAGUGCAUUUAAGGAUUUAAACAGGUUUUUAUUUCAGGAGAUUAUAAAAAAAAAAUCUAAGUGCGCUGGAAUAAUGAUUUUUUUUGCUAUGCAGAUUUGAUUCGACUAUGUGAGAUCAUCGGACAUUAUUACGCUCUCUUGUGUCAUUUCUCCCACCUCAAAGCAGUCAGUAAUUUGUUUUCUUGCCUUACUUGCCGAACAUGUUGCACUUAACAGGAGCAUUUAAGUUUUUCUUUAAUGUGAAAAUGUACCAGUGUUUAAGUUGUUUUACCCCUUAUACUCGUUCCCCUGGGUACUGUUUUAAUUUCCGUGUUAAUAUUGUGGCUCUCUUACGAUCUACUUAAAUGUCCCUGGUUACAAGAACAAAAUAAAAAUAAUAAAAUAAAUGGAUUCA